GCUAAUGGCGUUGGCGAUUCUGUGGGGUUUGGGGACCUAGCGCUGAAGCUUCUGGCCAGGUUGGCUUGUGACAACCGGUGUGGCUGGGCCCCGCGGCAGCGGGAGGGACUUGCCCGCAUAGUGGGCUCCUCUGCCGGAGCCGGCGGGGCCUAGCGGUGCGGGGCGACUGCGGGGGCGCCGCAGCGAGGAGCCGAGGGGUUUGCGAGGAGGCUGCGGGGGGCGGUCGGUCUCGCUCGGAGUUGGCAUCCCAGGCCCAGUGGAGUGCCCGCGGAGCCCUAGAGGCGGGCUGCGGAAGGUCCGGAGGUGCGUGGAGGGAGCUGCCUGACGCCCCAAGGACCUGACAGUGCCGGAGUUCGUUUGCGCCGCUCUGAAAUUGUCUCGGAGCUUGGUGGAUCAUGUCAGGCACUCACAGCCCCGAGGCAGUGAAGAAGCUGCUGGAAAAUAUGCAGAGCGAUUUAAGGGCCUUGUCCCUGGAGUGCAAGAAGAAAUUUCCACCUGUCAAGGAGGCUGCUGAAUCAGGAAUAAUAAAAGUUAAAACAAUAGCUGCACGAAACACCGAAAUUUUGGCAGCAUUGAAAGAGAACAGCUCAGAGGUUGUUCAGCCUUUUCUAAUGGGUUGUGGAACCAAAGAACCGAAGAUCACUCAGCUAUGUUUGGCCGCCAUUCAGAGACUCAUGUCACAUGAAGUUGUGUCUGAGACUGCAGCUGGAAAUAUAAUUAACAUGCUUUGGCAACUAAUGGAAAAUAGCCUUGAAGAACUUAAGCUACUUCAAACAGUUCUUGUUCUUUUAACAACCAAUACAGUAGUUCAUGAUGAUGCCCUCUCUAAGGCAAUUGUUCUUUGUUUUCGACUGCACUUCACAAAAGAUAAUAUUACCAAUAAUACAGCUGCUGCUACGGUGCGACAAGUUGUUACUGUUGUUUUUGAGAGGAUGGUUGCUGAAGAUGAACGGCACAGAGAUAUUAUAGAACAACCAGUACUGGUCCAAGCAAAUAGUAACAGAAGAUCUGUUAGUACCCUCAAACCUUGUGCUAAAGAUGCAUAUAUGCUUUUCCAGGACCUUUGUCAGUUGGUUAAUGCUGAUGCCCCUUACUGGCUAGUAGGCAUGACAGAAAUGACUCGCACAUUUGGCCUUGAAUUACUUGAGUCAGUCCUGAAUGAUUUUCCACAAGUCUUUUUACAACACCAGGAAUUUAGCUUCCUCUUAAAAGAAAGAGUAUGUCCUCUUGUGAUAAAGCUCUUUUCUCCAAAUAUAAAGUUCAGACAAGGUUCCAACACUUCAUCUUCUCCAGCGCCAGUUGAAAAACCGUAUUUUCCUAUCUGCAUGCGUUUGCUGAGAGUUGUAUCAGUUCUCAUUAAGCAGUUUUACAGUCUUUUGGUAACUGAAUGUGAGAUAUUUCUGUCACUUCUGGUGAAAUUUCUGGAUGCAGAUAAACCACAGUGGCUACGAGCUGUUGCAGUAGAAUCAAUACACAGACUCUGUGUGCAGCCUCAGCUCUUAAGGUCAUUUUGUCAGUCCUAUGAUAUGAAACAACAUUCUACAAAGGUUUUUCGUGAUAUUGUAAAUGCGCUGGGAUCUUUUAUCCAAUCAUUGUUUCUUGUCCCUCCUACUGGAAAUCCUGCUACAACAAACCAAGCUGGAAACAAUAAUGCAGGUGGCACUGUCUCAGCACCAGCUAACUCAGGAAUGUUGGGGAUUGGUGGAGGUGUUACUUUACUACCAGCAUUUGAAUAUAGAGGAACUUGGAUACCUAUUCUGACUAUUACAGUGCAAGGCAGUGCUAAAGCAACCUACCUAGAGAUGUUGGACAAAGUCGAGCCCCCAACUAUACCAGAAGGUUAUGCCAUGUCUGUGGCGUUCCAUUGUUUGCUAGACCUUGUACGUGGGAUCACUAGUAUGAUUGAAGGAGAGUUAGGAGAGAUUGAAACAGAAUGUCAGACUACCAGUGAAGCAGCUUCUUCACCAACACAGUCAUCAGAACAGCCAGAAUUACAGUCAACAUCAGACCAAAUGGAUAAGGAAAGAGUUAAUAGAGCUGUUUGGGAAGAAAUGGUGAAUGCUUGUUGGUGUGGUCUACUUGCUGCUCUCUCACUCCUUCUUGAUGCCAGCACAGAUGAAGCUGCCACUGAGAAUAUUUUAAAAGCUGAGCUGACUAUGGCUGCUCUUUGUGGAAGACUGGGCCUAGUAACUUCAAGAGAUGCCUUUAUAACUGCAAUAUGCAAAGGUUCCCUGCCUCCCCAUUAUGCUCUUACUGUAUUGAAUACCACCACUGCAGCCACACUUUCCAACAAAUCAUAUUCCAUUCAGGGCCAAAAUGUUAUGAUGAUAAGUCCAUCAAGUGAAUCUCACCAGCAAGUAGUGGCAGUGGGUCAACCCCUAGCAGUCCAGCCUCAAGGAACAGUAAUGUUAACUUCCAAAAAUAUCCAGUGUAUGAGGACUUUACUUAACUUGGCACAUUGUCAUGGGGCUGUUCUUGGAACAUCAUGGCAACUUGUCUUGGCAACUCUGCAGCAUCUCGUAUGGAUUCUGGGAUUAAAGCCUAGUAGUGGUGGUGCCUUGAAACCUGGGAGAGCUGUAGAAGGACCCAGUACAGUUCUGACAACAGCAGUGAUGACAGAUUUACCAGUGAUUUCCAAUAUCCUUUCAAGACUGUUUGAAAGCUCACAGUACCUUGAUGACGUAUCAUUGCAUCAUUUAAUAAAUGCACUUUGCUCCUUAUCCCUAGAAGCAAUGGAUAUGGCUUAUGGAAAUAAUAAGGAACCAUCUCUUUUUGCUGUUGCUAAAUUGUUAGAAACUGGUCUAGUUAACAUGCACCGAAUAGAAAUUCUGUGGAGACCUCUAACUGGCCAUCUACUUGAGGUCUGCCAGCAUCCAAAUUCUCGAAUGAGAGAAUGGGGAGCAGAAGCUUUAACUUCACUUAUUAAAGCAGGAUUAACAUUUAACCAUGAACCUCCACUUUCACAAAACCAGAGGCUGCAAUUGCUUUUACUGAACCCAUUAAAGGAGAUGUCCUGUAUUAACCAUCCAGAUAUUCGACUCAAGCAAUUAGAAUGUGUGUUGCAGAUUCUUCAAAGUCAGGGAGAUAGUCUUGGGCCUGGAUGGCCAUUAGUGCUUGGAGUCAUGGGAGCAAUCAGAAAUGAUCAAGGAGAAUCCUUGAUACGAACUGCAUUUCAGUGUCUUCAGUUGGUUGUGACAGAUUUUCUACCAACCAUGCCUUGCACUUGCCUGCAGAUAGUUGUAGAUGUUGCAGGUAGCUUUGGGCUUCAUAAUCAAGAACUUAAUAUUAGUUUAACUUCCAUAGGUUUAUUGUGGAAUAUUUCAGAUUAUUUUUUCCAAAGAGGAGAAACUAUUGAAAAAGAAUUAAAUAAAGAAGAGGCAGCACAGCAAAAGCAGGCAGAAGAGAAAGGAGUGGUUUUAAAUCGGCCGUUCCACCCUGCACCACCGUUUGAUUGCCUUUGGUUGUGUUUGUAUGCAAAACUGGGUGAACUGUGUGUGGACCCACGUCCUGCUGUCAGGAAAAGUGCAGGGCAAACUCUGUUUUCAACAAUUGGUGCACAUGGAACCUUAUUACAGCAUUCAACAUGGCACACUGUUAUUUGGAAGGUUCUCUUUCAUCUAUUGGACCGAGUUCGAGAAUCUUCUACCACUGCAGACAAAGAAAAGAUUGAAUCUGGAGGUGGCAAUAUUCUCAUUCAUCAUUCAAGGGACACAGCAGAGAAGCAGUGGGCUGAGACGUGGGUUUUAACAUUGGCUGGAGUAGCAAGAAUCUUCAACACUAGAAGAUAUUUACUGCAACCUUUAGGAGACUUUUCACGAGCAUGGGAUGUUCUUCUUGACCAUAUACAAUCAGCAGCACUCAGCAAAAACAAUGAAGUAUCUCUGGCUGCACUGAAAAGCUUCCAGGAAAUUUUACAGAUUGUGUCCCCUGUCAGGGACUCAGAUAAGCCUGAGACACCGCCUGCAGUUAAUGUUCCUGUGCCUGUCCUUAUAGGGUCCAUAUCAGGCCCUGGUCUGAACAGGCCAUUUGUAAGAACAGAUUCCAUUGGAGAAAGACUCGGAAGAUACAGUAGCUCUGAGCCACCCAUAGUUACUGAUGAACUUGAAGAUUUGAAUCUCUGGUGGGCUGCAUGGAAUACCUGGUAUAGAAUUGGAUCUGAAAGCACUAAACCUCCUAUUACUUUUGAUAAACUGACUUUCAUUCCCAGCCAGCCUUUCCUUACAGCUUUAAUUCAGAUAUUUCCAGCUCUCUACCAACACAUAAAAACUGGUUUCAACAUGGAUGACUUGCAAAAAUUGGGGGUAAUAUUGCACAGUGCUGUUUCAGUCCCAAUAAGUUCAGAUGCAUCCCCUUUCAUUCUUCCAUCUUAUACAGAAGCAGUUUUGACAAGUUUACAGGAAGCUGUACUUACAGCUUUAGAUGUUCUCCAAAAGGCCAUCUGUGUAGGACCAGAAAACAUGCAGAUAAUGUAUCCAGCUAUAUUUGAUCAGUUACUGGCAUUUGUAGAAUUUUCCUGUAAACCUCCACAAUAUGGACAACUGGAAACAAAGCACAUUGCAAAUGCAAAAUAUAAUCAGAUCCAACUAUUUGCACCGGCGGAAUGGGUAGCCUUGAAUUAUGUACCAUUUGCUGAAAGAUCUUUAGAAGUAGUUGUGGAUUUAUACCAAAAAACAGCCUGUCACAAAGCAGUGGUGAAUGAGAAAGUACUCCAGAAUAUUAUUAAGACCCUUAGGGUUCCUCUCAGUUUGAAGUAUUCCUGCCCUUCUGAAAGCACAUGGAAAUUAGCAGUAUCUUCUCUCCUCAAAGUUCUUUCUAUUGGGCUACCUGUUGCCCGGCAACAUGCUUCUUCAGGAAAAUUUGACAGUAUGUGGCCAGAACUGGCCAACACUUUUGAAGACUUUCUCUUUACUAAAAGCAUACCUCCAGAUAACCUCUCUAUUCAAGAAUUUCAGAGAAAUGAAAGUAUUGAUGUUGAGGUAGUUCAGCUUAUCAGCACUGAGAUACUACCUUAUGCCAAUUUUAUUCCUAAGGAAUUUGUUGGUCAGAUAAUGACCAUGCUUAAUAAGGGCUCAAUACAUUCUCAGUCAUCUUCAUUUACAGAAGCUGAGAUUGAUAUCCGUUUGAGAGAAGAAUUUUCUAAAAUGUGCUUUGAAACAUUACUCCAGUUUUCCUUCAGUAAUAAAGUCACAACACCCCAAGAAGGCUAUAUCUCACGAAUGGCACUUUCAGUGCUUUUAAAAAGGUCUCAAGAUGUACUCCAUCGCUAUAUAGAGGAUGAAAGAUUAAGUGGUAAAUGCCCCCUUCCGAGGCAACAAGUAACAGAAAUCAUAUUUGUUUUAAAAGCAGUCAGUACUCUCAUUGACUCACUUAAGAAAACUCAGCCUGAGAAUGUUGAUGGAAACACCUGGGCACAAGUAAUUGCCUUAUACCCAACUUUAGUAGAAUGCAUCACCUGCUCAUCUUCAGAAGUCUGCUCUGCACUUAAAGAGGCGCUAGUUCCCUUUAAGGAUUUCAUGCAGCCACCAGCAUCCAAAGUUCAAAAUGGAGAAUCUUGACCAGCUACAAUAAACUUAAAGAAGAUAUCUGAAGACUGUGUGUGUGUGCUCCUCAGCGAGUCUUCUGUGAGAAGACAUGUCUUACUACAAAUAAUUCUUGGCAGCUGUUGUUGGCCUCAUUUAAAUUGUACUUACCUGAGCUCAGUAAUUCGUAUUACAAGCUUCUCAACAAAGGCUCCUGAAUGAGUAUCAGUGCAGGCCUUUAAUACAUUAAACUGAUGAGAGGGAUAGUUAAUACUACAACAUACUUGCUACCAUAUCUUCAAUUGGUGAUUUAAAAGUGAGCUUAUGUACAGUUUGUGGUGUAUGUGUUAAUGAUGUACUUUUUAAAAAGAAAGAAAAAAUAUUUCAGUCAGAUUUAUUAGGCUGGUGUUUUUGUGCCCUUUUUCAAAUACAAAAGUGUAAUAAAAUUUUAUGCGAGAUGGUACUGUAACAUUCCAUAUUAUCUUUAACCAGCCUUUGUAAACAAAAGGAACUGAUAUACUUGUGUGUAUAAUAAAUGGUACAGUUCUGUAUAAAA